AGCAGUGUUGUGCAUUUCUCUCUAGAGUAAGGGGACAAACUGUCCUCACAAAGAACUAAAUAGAAGUUGAAUGACAGACCAAGGAAUGGAGAACCAUGACAAGGGUGGAGGUGAAGGAGGAGGAGAAGGAGACAAGAAGCAUCUCCCAGAGGAGGUGAGCGAGAGCGACAAGGAGACCAAGGACCAGCGCAACAAGGCGGAGAAGGGAGAGAAGGAGACAGAGAACAACGGCAGUGAAAAGGAGAGGGUUGAGGGGAAAAGGGAAAGCUGCCGUCCCUCAGGCUCCCUGUGGAGGGGGGGCUGGGCCCUGACAGAGCGGCUAGCCAUCAACGUGUCGGGGAUGCACUACGAGACACAGCUCCGCACUCUGGCCCAGUUCCCUGACUCCCUCCUGGGGGACCCUAACCGCAGAAUUCGCUACUUUGACCCUCUGCGCAAUGAGCUGUUCCUGGACCGGAACCGGAACUGCUUCGAUGCCAUCCUCUACUUCUACCAGUCUGGCGGGCGGCUGCGGCGGCCUGCCCACGUGCCCCUGGAUGUGUUCUUGGAUGAGCUGCGCUUCUAUGAGCUUGGUGAGGAGAUCAUGGAACGCUUCAAGGAGGAAGAGGGCUUCCCCAAGGAGGAGGUGCCUGCACUGCCUGAGAACGAGAUGCAGAGGAAGGUUUGGAUGCUUUUUGAGCACCCAGAAUCCUCCUCGGGCGCACGCAUCAUCGCCAUCAUCAGCGUCAUGGUCAUUGUGGUGUCCAUCGCCAUCUUCUGCUUGGAGACGCUGCCUGACUUCAGGAACGAGAAGGAGCUCCGAGAGAAAUUCACCUACCAGCCCCAUCCUACCCUCCCCAACAUCACCAUCCUGGUCCCUCCCACUGGCAGUGCUUUCCAUGACCCCUUCUUCCAGGUGGAGACCAUAUGUAUCUUCUGGUUCUCCUUUGAGCUCAUUAUGCGCUUAGCCAGCUCCCCCAGUAAGCUCCACUUCUUCAAGGACGUGAUGAACACUAUCGACUUCCUCGCCAUCAUUCCCUUCUUCGUCACUCUGGGCACAGAGCUGGCCAGGGACAAAACCUCCAACAAGGACCCGGGCAUGUCUUUGGCCAUCAUCAGGGUCAUUAGGCUGGUCAGGGUGUUCAGGAUCUUCAAGCUGUCGCGUCACUCCAAGGGCCUGCAGAUCCUGGGCCAGACUCUGAAGGCCAGCCUGAGAGAGCUGGCCCUGCUCAUCUUCUUCCUCUUCAUCGGAGUCAUCCUCUUCUCCAGCGCUGUCUACUUCGCCGAGGCGGACAGCCCCGACACGGUGUUCACCAGCAUCCCCGAGGCCUUCUGGUGGGCCGUGGUCUCCAUGACGACAGUGGGCUACGGGGACAUGUACCCUACAACUCUGGGGGGCAAGCUGGUGGGCUCCAUGUGUGCCAUCGCUGGCGUGCUCACCAUCUCCCUGCCAGUCCCCGUCAUUGUGUCCAACUUCAGCUACUUCUAUCACCGAGAGACGGAGUGUCUCGAGAAAAUCAGUGAAUACACCCACAUCAGCACCUCUGUCUGGGAGGGUGAGGACGAGGAGGGAGACGAGGGGGAGGGAGACUACACUCCCCUGUAUGUGGGUGACUGCAAGGGAAUCUGUAACCCCCUCAAUGGGACACUGCUGUCAGGACUGUGCGCGGGGCAGGACGGGUGGGAGAACAAAGGCAACGUGUACCUCAGGGAACCCCUGGUCACUCAGGUGUGAGACAGGAUGGAUAGAUAGACAGAGGAUCUGCUGAAUUCAACCCUGGUACUCUGCCUCUAAGUUAAAUAGAGAGAAAGAUAAAGGAGGAUGGCAAAGUAAAGGAGAAGAGAUACAAAAAAUUACUAUUUUACUCAUGGACUUACUUGCACGCUUGCACCGUCAAUGGCUUACACCGUUUACUACAAACAGAACUGAUGAGACCAUGGCAGAGAUAUUGUGACAGCUUGCUUUUUGCUAAUGUCACUGAGAAUCGAGUAUGAUGCCAUCAUAUUGACAAUAAAAACAGCUGAAACAGAAUGUAUAUUUAUUUAUUAUAUAUUUACCAGAUUGUAAUAACAGUCUAUACAGUACAUACAACUCUAGCAAUUGUAAAUGUUGUUGUUUUUAAGACAUGAGUGAAUUGCAGUGCCAUUUUAUUUGUUAUUGUGUGCUAGCUAGCUAAAUGCACAGGGCCGUUUUGAAUGUGUGGAGGGUUGAAUAAGGGCGUUUCUAACAUUUUUGGGAACCCAGUGCAGUUUGCACAUUUUUUUGUGCAGUGUGAACACUCCCAAAGGAACUCAGACCCCCUCAGAAGAGCCCCCUAAGCAAACCGAACUGAGAUCAUCUCGAGAGCUGGUCUGAGUUCGGUUCUCUUGAAUUCCGAGGUUCGGUUCCUUUUUUAGGGCAAUGUGAACACAAAGCUCCCCAGGUUCACUUGUCAUUAUUUCCGCGAGACACACUAGACUACUGCAGCAUUGUUUCCCUGCCGUAAACACUCACAUUGGUGCCAUAAAAGAGAGAAGUGGAUGCGCAGGUUCAUGGGAAAAAACGUGAUUUUUUAAAUAUUGAUUAGUGGCAGGGUAGUCUGGUGGUUAGAGUGUUGGACUAGUAACCGAAAGGUUGCAAGUUCAAAUCCCCGAGCUGACAAAGUACAAAUCUGUCGUUCUGAACAAGGCAGGAACCCACUGUUCCUAGGCCGUCAUUGAAAAUAAGAAUUUGUUCUUAACUGACUUGCCUAGUUAAAGUAAAGGUAAAAUAAGUUAGCGAUUGUCAAGAAUCCACCGAAAUGUUUAGUUUUUAGUUCAGAUGAUUUGUUUGCCAUAUGUGAUCUAUAUGCUGAGAGGUUCAUAAAACUGUUUAUUUGAUUGUGGGGUUUGAAUAGUGUGAGAAGACAACAAUAUAUUUGGUGAGAAUCACAACAUAGGGUCCAAAAUCAAUUCUAGCUCUUAAAAGGGCGGUAGCCUACAUUUGGUGUACAAUUUUCAAUUACAGUAUUAUUUAAUCUGCAGUUAUUCUUCUGCUAUUUAUUCUGUUACCAAUAAUAUUUACGUGUAAAUAGUGUCUUCUGAUUAAAAUGAUUAUUUCUCCCCUUUUUUCACUAAAUGCAGUUUAUUAGCUUCCAACAUGUAAGCAGGUAUUUAUAGCUGUCCGAUAACAUUUUGAUGGAAUGGCUUGUCCUGCACUGCACUUUGUAAAAGCCUGGAAUGCAUUGAGUGAAUUUUGGAAAAAGAUCUUGGUUCCUUUCUAAACAUGGCAAUGCCAAUGCAAAGAGGACUCGGACCACAAAAUAUGUGAAGUGAACUGACAAAAGAGUUGAGUCCUCAUUCAAAGAUCAGUUCUUUUAAAGAGGACUAUGUGUAAAAACACUCUGAAUGUCCUGAUGGGACUGGGCACCUGUCUCUGAAAGCUAUGGCAGAAAUGCUCUGCAGUGAUUUUGUGUUGAUGUGGAACACUAAGAAAUCAGCCUGGGGGCUGUGGUGCAAACAGAGAGCAGCACUAAGUGUUGGUCCUGGGCCAGUGGAGAGUUUUCAGUGUGUAAUGGAGACAGCUAGGCUGGGCGGCAGGGAAAUCUGAUCCUGGACCUGUCAGGCUUCCAGCUGACCCUUCCUCCCAAUGGCUGUGCAGGGCUAACACUAGUAGAUACCACUGGCCUAAAUCCAUACUCACCCGACUGGGUAGAAGUACUUUACUGGUCAUCCAAAGACACAUCCCUGCCCCUGUCCAUGUUACCAUGGGGCCUCAAUUACCUUGCCUACUUAGAAUGUGUCUGAACAAAAUGCUUUGCACAGUGUUCAGUGUUUAUAAUGUGCUUUAUAAAUAUGUUCUUAUGAUCAGAGAUUGUGAGCUCCACAGAUUGUAUAAGAGAGUGGGUUGUGUGUGUAUGUGUAUAUGUGUGUGUGUGGUUACCAGUAUGUGUUCUAUGACUGUGUGUGUGUGUGUGUGUGUGUGUGUGUGUGUGUGUGUGUGUGUGUGUGUGUGUGUGUGUGUGUGUGUGUGUGUGUGUGUGUGUGUGUGUGUGUGUGUGUGUGUGUGUGUGUGUGUGUGUGUGUGGUUACCAGUAUGUGUUCUAUGACUGUGAGCCCUGUUUAUAUGUGUGUGUGUGUGUGUGUGUGUGUGUGUGUGUGUGUGUGUGUGUGUGUGUGUGUGUGUGUGUGUGUGUGUGUGUGUGUGUGUGUGUGUGUGUGUGUGUGUGUGUGUGUGUGUGUGUGUGUGUGUGUGUGUGUGUGUGUGUGUGUGUGUGUGUGGUUACCAGUAUGUGUUCUAUGACUGUGAACCCUGUUUAUAUUUGUUGUAUUUAAUAAAGAUGGUAUUUUAUCAGUUAUCUAAAUGAGUC